GAGGAGCUGAGAGGAACACGCACAACUCUUUGCCUGCCCCGAACUCGGCUCAGUUGGUGAGCAGCAGCUCCGGGAGGAACGUACAGAGGGAAAGCGCAGCCAAGAGCGCAAAGCGUACACAGGGGGGAGAGUAGCGCAGCGCAGGGCGCACAGGCAGGAGGCGCUGGACACCAGCCUGACACCGGAUAGGGGAUCUGUACGUACCUAGAGCGGCGCUCCGGCGGGUUAUUAAUAUGCCCCUGCCUCACUAGGUGCCAGCCGAGAGUCCCUGUGCAUCACUAUGGCCCAAGAGCGGCACCGACCCCGGCUGUGUCACAUCAAGAGGGGAGAGCAGGGCUACGGCUUCCACCUGCACGGCGAGAAGGGCAAGAGCGGCCAGUACAUCCGCAAGGUGGAACCCGGCUCCCCCGCCGAGGCUGCCGGACUGAAGGCUGGAGACCGGGUGCUGGAAGUCAACGGGGACAACGUGGAGAAAGAGACCCAUCACCAGGUGGUUCAGCGCAUUAAAGCAAUAGAAAACGAAACGCGGUUGCUGGUGGUGGACAGAGAAACUGAUGAGUACCUGAAAAAAUCCCCACCCGGCUCACCUACUGAAUCCCAACCCAACUCCAGCGCCCCCUCAACUCCGACUCCAGGGAGCAACAACAACGGCGAAGUAUGGAAAACAAAGGAGGACACAAGCCAUGAAGAUCAGCUACACAAUAACCACAGCACGGAGAACGGGAAACAGGAUAUGAACGGGCAAGUGAAGGAGAGGUGCCCUCGUCUCUGUUAUCUGAAAAAAGGCCCCAGUGGUUAUGGCUUUAAUCUGCACAGUGAAAAAUCCCGGCCGGGACAGUUUAUCAGGUCUGUGGACCCAGGAUCACCGGCAGCCAAGGCUGGCCUAAGACCGCAGGAUCGGCUGGUAGAGGUGAACGGACAGAAUAUUGAAAACAUGAAGCAUUCGGAAGUGGUGGCCAACAUCAAAUCCAAGGACAAUGAAACAAAGUUACUUGUUAUAGACCAAGAGACGGACGAUUACUUCAAGAAGCUCGGGAUUGCCCCCACUGAGGCUCAUGGAAAAGGCACCAUCCCCUUGACCAACGGUGUGACCCCUACACAGCUGAAUGGAGACUCUUCAACGUCUUCAUCUCACAGCGAUCUGCAAAGCCCGGAUAAGGACUCACAGGCAGGUGACCUGAUCAGGAAGGACCCAUUCGAGGAAAGCGGUCUGCGGCUCAGCCCUACAGCAGCUGAAGCUAAGGAGAAAGCAAAGGCCAAGCGAGCCAACAAGCGCGCUCCACAGAUGGACUGGAGCAAGAAGCACGAGAUCUUCAGCAACUUCUAAACCUCCACACCCCCUUUUUAUUGCAAGACUAUUUUUUUUAGAGCAGGGGAGGCAAAGGACAACAGGACCUUAAACGUCUCCCUAGCAAAAACUAAACAUCGCAAAUUAACAGGAAGAUCUGACCGUGACUAACGAGAGGACUCAAGUCAUUAUCUGUUUAACCAUUUCAGUUGCUUGGCUUUCCAAACCAUCUGCUCUGUUUUUUUUUUCUCAGUGCUGGAAAGAUCUACCAUCGUUGAUCCCUUUUUUUGGCAUGGACAUGGCGGGUUUUCCUUCAGUCACAUUGUUUGUUGGUGCCUUAAAGCAGAUAUCUGCCCAGCCUGUGGACCCUUCAGCUAAACCGGUUUCGCUAUUUUGUGACAUAAUGAAAGGAGCGUUGCGAUAGUUGAGCAGAAGUUCUAAGCACAAGGGCAGUCCCAGUUCUGUUCUCUGAAUGAUAAUAUCGCCUCUGGAGUUCCCUCUUCCCAAAAGAGAAACCUACUCAGCCUCUGUGUUUAUAAAUUGACUUUCUCGUCUUUGGCAAGGACUGUUUCCUCUGUCAGUGGCCUCUGCCUGGGUCUGACCUGAUAAUUUAUCUGGUCAGCAUUACCCAAGUUCAGCAGCAGGACACAGCCCCUGCAUUUGGAUCACUGGAGCGCUGUGCUAACCACCAGCAGAGGCAUCUUGUAAUCCAGCCAACCACAGAUGAGCCUGUGCUCAUGUUUAUUGCUUGUACAUUAGCCACUAUAACAGAGCCGUGCUGCAAUGCAGGGUACAUGAUGUGGGGGGCAGUAUAACUUCUCUUGCUGCUAGAUGAAACAAGUCUUAAGCAAAAAAAAAAGGGAAAGUUAACCAAAAAAAAUAGUCAUGAUAUUUAAAUCUUCUGACCACAAUUCUGUUUUAAAUGUACAGUUAUCUGACCCCUCUGAUACCAACUGAAGGGUAGCUCCUUUCCUAUAGUAUCAUGGAUGCAUUCUAGAGAAAGCAAAAUGGCAGCCUUCAUGUUGGGUUUAGGGAAAGUCAGGUUGUGGCAGUGGCCAGUUCUGAGCAGAGCUGAAUUUACCUAAUUAUUAUAAUAAACGAGCUUAACUCUGUGAUUGCCAAACCUCUUAAUUUUUCAGAAUUCCUUGAGGUCUUGCUUCGUGCGAGAGAUUAGCAAAUUGCAUGACAUAACUAGAGCUACAUUAUCUGAACAUUUUCAAACCUGGCAGUUCCCGUCGGGAGCCAUGCAGGGUGAAUUUGAGCACUUUUGUACCCAUGGAUUUGGGCUACUAGAGAAUAUAAAGGGCAGAGAGUGACCCAUGCCCAUUGGCUUUAGGGUGUUCUGAUAUACAGAGGUAUUUCCUUGCCUUUUUACUCUUCUGUGGCCAACUGAUCUCCUUUAAGGCAGUGGUUCCCAAACUGUGGGAUUGGCCCCCUUGUGGGGCUUCGAGCAGCAUCAGAGGGCUCAGCCUUAGGUCCAACUGGGGAGACUAGUAGCUUUGCAUAAACAUAAUACCCCUGAAAAACCAGCUUGUUGAUCAGUUAUGGUGAGAUUUUGGGUAAAUAUGUAUUUACUGCCCUAGAUAUUCUUGAUACUAUGGCUGAAUAGUUAAGGAGGCCCUGGCCAAUAGUUGUACAUUUAAGUGGAGGCUUAAACUGAAAAAGUUUGAAAACCACUGAAAAACCCUUCUGUCCUUAAGCAUCUUUACUGAAAAACAAACCCAGCCUAAUUUAAUUUGGUUAACUUUCCCUUUAAAUGCACAUAAUUACACAUUGUUUGAAUGUUGUCUUGUUUGGAUUUUAUAAGCAACUGCUUAUUCCCCAAAUCCUGCCCUACUGCCCCCUCCACUGCCAUCAUUAUCAUCAUCUCUCUAAAAGAAAACAAAACAUUAGCUUCUCUGGGGCUGUCAGGGCAAGGGGGAGUCAGACCGUGCCUUGCGCGGAUAAGGAAUAAUAUUGCAUGUUGAACAGUCCCUUAGGGCCGCACAUUCCUCGCUGCAGCCCAGAACCGCUGGCUCACGCUUCCCGACUGAUGUGCAGCUGGUUCUCAUUAUGGAGAAAAAUAAUAGAAAAGCUCAGAAUUGUUAGAGGAGUUACCCCCCCCCCCCCCCCAGUACAGGGCAUAAAUGCCCUUUCUGUGUCCGGCCUACUCUCUUCUAUGCCGGACCUCACAAUGCACUCAGUCAGGGGGAGAUACAUUAACAUAAAGAUGCUGUGAGGAAUUUCAAGGAGCCAUGAGUAUUCUACAAUGUGGCAACUUUUCUCCAUAGCUCAAGCUUAUUGUGUAGCCAAAGACCCUUGGGGGUCUUGCGUGGUUACUCGGUGGCAGCUCAUGAAUUGGAAUACAAGGGCCGGCAGUAUGGGGGCUAGUAAUUAAACUGGCUAAUGUAUGUUAAAUAUUUACUCCAUUAUAAAUGCCGCGGAUGAAAUACUAGAAUUUGAUCCUUGGUUACCAUUCUUCUCAACCAGCUGGGGAUUUUUUUUUUUAUACCCUCGCUGAAAACCGCACUUUAAGCACUUAGGUCUGUGAUCCAAGAAUAACAUUUUAAUUGCUGCCGGGGAAUUGAAUUCAUAGCAGAUAAAGCAAAUAUUUUCUCGCUGGGAAAUUCUCUAAACAAAUGCACUUCCUUUGUCUGGGAAGUCUGAAGCAUAGGAAGCACGUUGUUUAACCCAAUGCUGCCUCCUACUGGCCAUAGGGCAGUUUUAUACUUUCAGUCUGGCAAGUGGCACAUCAGUUAGUGUUGCCAUCUCAUUAGGGUUGCCAUCUCACCCCUUUAAUAUCGGUCAUAUAUUAAAUCUACAUCCUAAUUAGCAAUUAAGUUAGAUGCAUGCUGCAGACUGAACUGAUUUAUGUACAGCCAUGCAGCAUGCUUCUAAAUUAAUUACUAACCAGCUAUGAAAGAUGUAGAUUGAAUAUAUGACCGGUAUUAAAGGGUGGCAGCCCUACACCUCACCUAUUUCAUACUGGCGACUUAUUAAUUUAAAAUCCUACAUGACUAAUUAGCAAUUCGUUUAGAUGCAUGCUGCAGGCUGAACUGAUUUAUGUGCAGCCAUGCAGAAUGCAUCUAAAUUAAUUGCUCAUUGUGGAUGUGCUUAUCUAACGGCAAUGGCAUUGCUUUGUACAUGGCAAGUCUUGCUUCAAAUGAAUGUAUAUAAAAAUACAUAAAGCCAUAACAUUUGUUUUGGGUGUUGGUUGCAUGCACAAAAUGAUGUGCAUACCAUGAAAAAACUUGAGAUAGUUUCAUGUGCUGCAUUUAUGGUUGCCAGUUCACGCCUUUAAUACAGGCCACAUAUUGAAUCCAUAUCCUGCACGGGUAGGUAGCAAUUAAUUAAGAUACAUGGCUACACAUAAAUCAGUUCAGUCUGCAGCAAGUAUCUUAAAUAAUUGCAAAUUAACCAUGCAGGAUGUGAAUUUAAUAUGUGGCCGGUAUUAAAGGGGUGAGGUGGCAACCCUAGCUGCAUUCCCUUAGCACUGCCCUUUAGUAAAUUGCCCACUUUGAAGAAUAACCACUAUUGGAGCCAGAUGAUAAAUUUGGAGGCAAGAGGUUAGAAAUGAAGGAUUAUUGUAAUUGCUUUUCACAGCUGCAGGGAAAUAAAGAGCAUGUGAGCUGAUCAAUUGAGUCAAGCAGGAACAGCCUUUCCUAUGUUGAGGGAAUGCAAUGUAGUCAUUCGCUGACAGAGGACGACUGGAGCCUAUUUGAAGUGUUCUUACUUUUUGGGAUAUUCCUAUCCGGAGUGAGAAUUUAGGAAUUCAGAAGCACUAAUCCUGAGGGUGGGUGUAUAUAAGGCAGAGCCGGUGCUGCUGGGUUAGUAUUAAGUAGAUGGGGCACAUUCCACUAGCGCCGGGACUGCAAUUAGAUAAGCUGUUGAGAUGUCGGUGACUCCGAGGAGUUGUGCAUAGGAGCCAGGGGAUCGUUAUGGGCUGCACGUAGGGCCGCCACCUCACCCCUUUAAUAUCGGCCACAUAUUGAAUCUGCUUCCUACAUGGCUGGUUAGCAAUUCAUUUAGAUGCAUGGCUGCACAUAAAUCAGUUCAGUCUGCAGCAUGCAUCUAAAUGGAUUGCUAAUUAGCCAUGCAGGAUUGGAUUUAAUAUGUGGGCAGUAUUAAAGGGGUGAGGUUCAACCCUAGCUGCAUGUGGCUCAUGUACUAAAGGAUAAAGGAGGUAGAUGUGCUGCAAGCAGCGAUAUCGAUUUCUUUCUAAAGGAUCAUGUAUUGUGUGCGUGAGAGUUGGGCCUUGAAUUGAAGAAGAGGGCAAUGUAGGAAAACUAGGGCCUUAGGGAAAAAUUGCUUAAAGGGUAGGUAAAGCUUUGAAAUAUGGCUUAGUGCUAUUAUUCACAAGGCCCAGGGCUUGUGUACUAUUCCCCACAGCCAGCAAACUGUAUGCCACUUACAGAGUACACACUGCUGGAUAUGGGAAGCGCUACAGUAGGCCCCUUUUAAUAUAGCCCAUGUUUAUUCUGGGUUUUACUUACCCUUUAAAUCAGGGAUGUCUAACUUGCAUCAUUUGUAUAACUAGAUGUUCCUGGAUCCCAGGCUUUCUGUUAUAGGGCAACUGGUAGUCAUAUUGUUAUAGGGGAAUGAAGCCCGGGUUAUUAAAUGGGACAAUGUUUCUGCGGAUGUGGGUUCUUCUCAGCCGGAUUUAUUAUUAAGUUGUGUAAAUAAAGAGGUAUAUGAAGGAAUGGACUCUCUGAUAUAGCCCAGUGGCUUGUAUGUGACUAUGGGUCGGCAUUACGCACUGAGGCCGCUUGGGUUCUUCAGCCACAUAACCACUGGGAUGGACCAAUAAAUGACCUGGAGCAGCUUAACGAAGAUGCCAUGUUUUCCACUGACCAAUCCCAGCAGGAUCCAUGGGAAUAGAUGUACAUUUACUCUGUAGGACGGAGCUUAUAGAAUAAGGAAGAGACUGAUCCAAUAGAGCUUUGUGGCUGCACGUGGCCAGGAUGCUGCCUACUGCUUUGGAGAUGACAUAUUUUUGUACUAUAAACAUGUAAUUAUAUAAGGCACAGGUAUCUAUGAUAUACAGUUAAGGAAUAAAAUAAAUGACAUACCAUGUAAACUGCUAUGUGCACAAUAAACUGCUUUCCCAUGUA